GCAUUCGACAAUUAUGUCACACAACUAUGUACUAUACUAUAGUAUCUCACAGUAGUUAAGCCCAUCUCGGUUCAGAAUAUACGGGUCUCAACCUUACACGAUUCACAUAUAAAUGUACGGCGAAUUCCAAAGUGUUCUCUAAUUCUAUAUGAGUACAAGAAGGGCAACCUACAUAUAGAGUGGUCAGGUUUUCAAGCUAUUCCUAUCGAACAUUUGGAUACUCGCUCACAAUCUAGGACACUACACCUGCACGAAUUCAAUAGUAUCAAAUAGACACUUUCGGACGAGAAUGUCAGUUCAACAUCAGAAACCCGGGCUCACCCCCACUGGACUGCGGCGUGUGUCGGAGUCAAGUAAUCUGUUGGGCCUGUCAAGCAACAAUAUUCCUCGAAACCUUGUGCACAAAAAGAUUAAUGGCACUGUGCAUGGCAGAAACCUAACACACACUCGUCUAACAUCGGAGGACGAGAACUCUGGUGCCACGGUGCCCUUAUGUUGGCAAAUGCUAGCAUUUGUUGGGCUUGGCUUGUUUGGCAUCCUCUUGGCGGUGAUAGCGUUCAUUAACCUUGUGUGGGUGGGAGCUAUAGUGGUGUGCUUUGCGAUCGAAAUUGCGAAGGCUGUCGACGUAUUUGAGGUGUCUGAGUCAAUCGGAUAUCUCGCAGGGAUUGUCACCUGCUCACUCGCUGCUAUACACUUCAGCCAGGAAAUAUACUUCUUUUUUCUGGAAUCGAAGUCUAUACGCACUUGUAUAGAGCGCCUGUCGGCUUUAUGCCGGUCGAAGUCGAGCAACAACUUCUUAGCGGGUGCUGAUAAUAGUAGUAGCUUAAAACUAGGGGAUUUGGAUAUGAAAGUCAAUUUAGUUGGGAAUGCGCAGCGGAUUGUUCGGACAGAAUUGGUGGUGAGCUGAAAUUCUAGCAACUCAACACAUAUGCUUAUUGUCAGUGAUGUAUAUACAUUCAACAGCAUACAUCAACACACAUGCUGUGAAUCGGUGAUGUAUGUACAUCAACACAUGAAUCUAUGACGUGGAAAUCUUUGCAGGGCUCUUCGGUGAAGGUCUAAGUAGUAGUAGUGUGAGGAUGUUCUGUGGCCUCGUCAUCCUGCAGACUCACCGGCAUACACUAUCAUACUGCCGAUGUAGGGCAGUAGUUAAUUAUCAAAUCAGGAAUAUAAUCUUAUUGAUUCCGAACGACGCAGAUGUCCUUGCGUGAUGUCAAUUUCGGUAACUGAGUAAUAGUUUGGGACGUACACAAUAGUUAUACUCCGUUAGGCUGGUAUUCGUUGUCCUGUAUAGAGUACCGAGCACACGUCUAAAAAUAGCAUAAUUGCACGGGUUUAGGAAGUAGUUGCAAUAGGUCCUCCAGAUUGCUUGCGUCUGUGUAGGCCUGGUACUGGCGUCUUGUACUGGCGUAUGGGAUUACUUGUCCCAAGAGUAUACGAAGAGAGUACUGUCAGAUUGUCGAUGAAUCCAAUCAAGCACAACAGGUAUUGGUGGUCAGCGGUGUUCAGUGAUGCAUCUUUUCUGACAGUGUGCAGAAAGUAUGUAAGUGAUGUUUAGUGGCUUAUUCGGCACCAAUGACAACAGUGUUCAGCGACGACACAGGGGUUUCCUGAUGGAGGACACAAAAUUAGUACUAAGGCAGCUGAAGUGCUCAUGGAUGCAUACAUGUCUCCGCUGCGUGUGAGUGUGCGAGAGCGUCAUAGUAUGAAGCUCACACAGAAGCGAAGAGCUCAAUAUGCGGGAUUAGUUAUAACCAUAGUUGCCUCUGUUGUGCGUGUAGCAAUAAAGUCAUUUGCACCAUACACAACUGGAAGGUUAUCAAAUUCACUCAUAAAUAAUAAAUAAUGUGGGUAUUGUUUGACUAUAAUGUUGCAGACAUAUUUUGUCCGCAAUAAGUUUAACAUGAACUUGCGGGUCUAUAACCAACUCAGGUCAUGCAAACCACGUAUAAAGUCCCGACUAUACUCAAGCACAUAUGCUGGAGAUAAAACAAGAUUUUCUUGGGUGAGUAGCUGUAAAAGUUCUAAAGGAGCCUGCAAUCAAAUACUCGCGAACGUUUGGUGUAUCAGGCUCGUGUAUAUGCCAAACAAAGACAAACUUAUACAUGGAUAUAAAACAUCGGAGUCAGCUUUGGUUUAAAAAAGGAAAGCGGAUCUGCAUAUGAAGUUGUAUGCAAAGCAAGCUACACAUUCCCCUAUAUCUGCACGGAAUAAAGAGUAUGCAUCAACCGAUAGAACUGGGUUCGAAUGGCCAUUGAGCGCAACAAUAACAUUCAAACUUUAUAUUUUAGAAAUACUUUAUUUGUACCCAUGAAGAGGAACCAGUUGAUGCCUACAGCGCCAACCGCUACCCGAGAUAGUGAGACUGUGUUGUCAAGGCUGCGAAACAGAAGCGGCACACAACGACAGUAAGUGACAGAACGACCAGAGGUCCCGCAGAGUCAUUGAGGGUAAUACAAUAACGAAAGACCUAAAAUCAGAAAUAAACCUCAGUGUAUACUUUAAUUCAAGCACACCGAUACCUGUGUGUAUAUUUAGAUGGCUUUUCUGCACACUCCCAAUAUCAAUGCGGCACAGUAGCCAUCCACUGGUUAUUCAGCUGCAACAAUGGAGUUAUCCCUCGUAUCCACAUACACAUCUACAUGCAUACAUAGAAUAAAUAAAAUCGCCUGUGCAUACAUUAUAUACGUACACACGCACACACAUAUAUACAAAAAGAUAAAAUUUAAACAUAUG